UCGAUCUCGAGGUGAAUUCACAAGCACAAACCAAAAGAAAGAAGAUGAUUGUAUCACCAAACAGUGUCCUUGGAACACACUGUGUAUGCUCGGAAGAACAUCAUUGCAUUUUAAUAAUCCGCUCAUUUCUGUACAAUUAGACCCAUUUACAAAUUCAGCGCCAUCUACCGGAACGAUUGAAAAGCUUCGCAGGUGGGCGUGGCGCAGCGUGCGUCCGCCGUAAGCGUGUAUUGUCGCAUCGGCGCUUGCUCAACGUGCACUACACCACCGACACCACUGCCACCACUGCGGCCACAGAAGGUGUUGCGCGGCUGAUACUUCGCCACACGCUGCUUCUGCGAUGCCUUUUCAUUGCUGUGUGCCGCUGUGUAAGCAAAAAGGACUCAAGGAUGCCUCUGGAAACAAGGUAUCGUUGUUCGCCGUCCCAUCCGACCCCGCUCUCCGAAAAAAAUGGGUUGUUGCGACAAAACGUGACGAAGGAAAGCACUUCUCCAUUAUGAAGUACACUAAGGUUUGCUCAGGACACUUUCGAGAGGGUGACUACAUUGCGAACAUCGCUAGUAAACGUCACUACCUCACACAGGAAGCAGUGCCGAGCAUCUUCGCUUUCAACAUCGUGAAAAGGCCGCUUAGAAAGAAACCACGGGUACGACAGGCGCCGCCGUCAACGCUGAAGUUUUCCUCCACUUGUGCCGGAGUGACGAAUGACGCAAUCGCCGAUCCAAGCAGUCAAGACGCGAUCAGCGAAUUCGCUAGUGAAGUGGCAAGCUACGCAUUCGUCGAUCUGACCGGUGGACACGCGGCACCUGGGGCGUCGAGCCAGAAGAAUGCAAGCGGCGAAAUCGUCACUGUCAAUGCUAUGGAAGACUUCAACGCUGACUUCAUGUGCCACGCAGUCGCAACUGAAGACAGCGUAGUGAAUGAUUGUAACAUCGACGACUGCGUUAAUGCUGCCACAGGUGCAGUCCUCAACUGCGCUGGUAAUGAAGCUUCAUGCCAGACUGGCAGUAGUGACCUGCCCGAUUCAACACAGAUGAGUCCACUCCAAGACUUGCAAGAGCUCACAGAGUCACAGGCAAAGCUUAUACAGGAUUUGGAACUCGAGCUCGAGAGGUGUAACAAGCAACUGAGAGGCAGUGAAGAUGCCCUGUCUAAGGCCCGUUCAGAGCUUCAAUAUGCUCUUUCCUAGUGCAACCGCUUUGAUGGACAAGAAAAGGAGCUUCAAGACACAAAACAGGCUCUCUUCUGAACCAAACGAGAGCUGGAGCUCGCAGAAGCGCGGUGCAGGACCCUAGAGGAAGGAGCAAGUCGAAAAUUUUCGAUUGAAUGCUUUAAAGACUACCGUGCGGACGUGCAAUUUUACACUGGAAUGUUACGUUAUGGACACUUUAUGAGCCUUUGGGAGUUCUUGGCUCCAGAGGAAGAUGGGAAAAACAUCAAAGUCUGGUCCACAACAUACAGCGAAAAGACCACAAAUGCUGGCAGAAACCCACUUUUGUCAUCAAAUGAACAACUCUUUUUAGUGCGUGUGCACCUGCGCCUUGGUCUUUUUGAGAGAGACCUUGCAUACGCUUUCAAGGUGUCCGUGGCCACUGUCUCAAAGGUGUGCAUAACCUGGAUCAACUACAUUUUUGUGCACCUCGGCCAGCUGGACCUGUGGUUGCCCAGAGCAGAAGUGGACGACGCCAUGCCACCAGCAUUUAAGGAG